AUGGCUUCUCACGCAACUGUUACCACCGGCUCCGGCCAGGCGCCCUACCAAAGCCCGCCCCGGACGCCACAGCCGGCUGAACAGGCUGCUACUCCCGAUCACCUCCGCCGCAAUUCCGACCCGGCACUCGAGCCUGUGAACCAGCACCAACACGCCCACCUCCACCACGCCACCGGCGUCGCGGAAGACAACAUCGUGUACGCCAAGGGCACCGGUCCUCAGACUAUCCCCCCCCAAAGCCACCUGCACCAUCACGACGACACGCGCGCCAGCAGCGAGCACGAUAUCGAGAAGGCCAAGCUUGGUGGUCAGAGCCCGCCCGAGUAUGCCAAUGGCGAGAAGGUUGGUGUCAUUGCCCAUGAUGACGAGCGCUCGUCGGAGCACCAGCCGUCUAAGUCGCGCACGUUUUACCGCCGUUACCGCCCCUUCUUCCACCUGUUCAUCUUCCUGCUGUUUACCGGCUGGUGGAUUGCCGGCCUCGUUCUGCACCGCGACGACAUGAACUGGCGCAUCCCCUUCCUGGUGUGGCUUGCCAUUUCCAUGCGCCUCUUCUUCUUUUACGUCCGCAGCUCGUACCUGUCCCGCCCCGUCAUCUGGGCCUGGUCUCAGAGCGCUGUCCGUGUUUACGAUGCUCUUCCCCCCAAGGCUCGUACUCCCGCUGGAGCUGCUGUCACCAUAGCCGCCAUGAUCGUCGGAUCCAUGGCUUCUGAGGAGUUUGCCGACAACAACCGCGAGAACCGUGCCGUGUCGUUGUUUGGUCUUGCUUUCACCAUCUUUGCUCUCUGGGGUACCUCGCGCAACCGUAAGAUGAUCAACUGGCGCCCUGUUAUCGGUGGCAUGCUCGCGCAGUUCAUCAUCGCCCUCUUCGUCCUGCGAACCGGCGCCGGCUACGACAUUUUCAAGUUCAUCGCUGAUCGUGCCGGUGAUCUCCUGGGCUUCGCUGCGAAGGGUGUCAUCUUCCUCACGAACGACAAGGUGUACGAGCUCGGUUACUUCAUCAUCAACGUUCUGCCCCCCAUCAUCUUCUUCGUCGCCAUUGUCCAAGUCCUCUACUACAUCGGAUUUCUGCAAUGGUUCAUCGGCAAGGUGGCCACCUUCAUCUUCUGGGCUCUUCAAGUGUCGGGUGCCGAGGCUGUCGUCGCUGCCGCCACCCCCUUUAUCGGCCAGGGCGAGUCUGCUCUUCUCGUUCGCCCCUUUGUGCCGCACAUGACCAAUGCCGAGCUGCACCAGAUUCUGACGUGUGGUUUCGCCACCAUUUCCGGCUCUGUGCUUGUCGCUUACAUCGGUCUCGGCCUCAAUGCGCAGGCCAUGGUGUCGUCUUGCGUCAUGUCCAUCCCCGCAUCGCUUGCUAUCUCCAAGCUCCGUUAUCCGGAAGUCGAGGAGACUCUCACGGCUGGCAAGGUUGUUGUUCCUGACGAUGAGGAGCACGCCGCUUCCAACGCCAUCCACGCCUUUGCGAACGGCGCUUGGCUCGGUAUCAAGAUUGCCGGCAGUAUCAUGGCCUCGCUGCUCUGCAUCCUUGCCUUCGUGGGUCUCGUUGACGGCCUGCUGACUUGGUGGGGACGCUUCCUCAACAUCAACUCUCCUCCCCUGACGCUUAACCUCAUUGCUGGUUACCUGUUCUACCCCCUCGCUUUCUUGCUCGGUGUACCCCGCAACUCGGAUCUUCUGAAUGUGUCUCGUCUGAUUGCCGAGAAGGUCAUCAUUAACGAGUACUCCGCGUUCCUAAUGCUCAAGAACGAAGCGCCGUACAACCAGAUGUCGCCUCGCUCCAUCCUUAUUUCGACUUACGCAUUGUGCGGUUUCGGCAACAUUGGCUCGCUCGGUAUCCAGAUUGGUAUCUUGUCGCAGCUCGCUCCUUCGCGAGCUGGUGACGUCGCCAAACUUGCUGUCAGCGCUUUGGCCUGCGGUGUCAUCUCUACCCUGACCUCUGCUGCCGUCGCUGGCCUUGUCAUCACCCAGUGGGAAUAA